AGAUGCAGCAGGAAGGGAGGAGCCACCAACAUACCGGAGAAGAGAAAGGCUCUGAGUGAGUAGCAGCUGCAAGUCGUGUGGAUAAACCUCAGGCUGAGGGAACCUAAGGCAACAGCCUGAGGGCCCUGAAAGAGACCCUGGACCUCCUGGCAGGAGCCUCUGGAAGGAGCCUGGCCACAGGGUUCUGAGGUAAAAGAAUAAAAAAAGAGAGGAGGCUCAGACUCUGUGGCAGAGCCUACUUUGGAAGGAAGUGGGAAGUCCGGAGCCCUGACCCUGUAAGGGGCCUCCCAGCCCUGCCACAUCCUUUUCUCUGGACAGAGUUGUCACUUAGCCCCCCCUCUGUGACUCAGAAUCUGACUUUCUCAUUUUGCCAUUUUAAUUUUAGUAACGAUGAGAGUCACAGUAAAAAGCUGCUUCUGGGAGUGGAUUUUCUUCCCUUCCCUUGAUCGCAGUAUGCUUGGGAUUCCUCUUAUGUGGCAGUGGUGGUGUCCAGCUCUGGCCUUGGCCCCACCUCUUUGAAGAUACUCUGGUUUCACCAUAAAACUUCCUGGGGAAAGGAUGAUUCACGUUUAAAGGACAUAGUUUUUCCUUGAUUUGUUUAUUUAAGCUACCAUACACUAGAGGGGGCCGGAACUAGACCCAGUAGUAGAAGACUUUGCUUCGCGGGAUAAGGAGAAUGGGCACCCUGGGGAAUAGUGAAAGAUUUCCUACUGUUAGAACCCGUGUCUUAUAACACUUGAAGUGAAUGUGGUGUCUGAGUUACAACACUACUUCCCCUCACAAACAGUUAAAAGCAGAGGGUCACAAACAGAGGCUCAACCAGAAAAAAAGAUUCUCAUUUCAUCUGUAGUUUUGUAUCAGGGAUUGUGUUGGAAUUUGCCUCCAUAUUAAACUGCCGUUCAAGGGUUACCAACUCAAAGGGUUAUGGAGUGAAGCAGGUGUCUCAGGCAUGGGCCUGUCGUUGGGACCUGUGGCAAACCAAAGCCACUACUUGCCCUAUGCAAAGGGGGCAACAGCUGUCAGCCCCAGCAGCUUCCACUAAAAGGUGCAAGCUCUGUAUUGCCUGACCUGACUUUUCAGAGAGAAGUUGUGAGUCCAAAUUGUUUUGUGAGACCUCCGGAUUUUUAAAUACUGAGAAUGAAUUCCAUCAAAAAGAUCACAACAAACACCCACCACACAGUCCAAGCAAAAUGCUCUAAGAGCAACCUUCAUGAGGACUGCAAAUUCAGUUUCAAUUUCACUUCCUCUAAAGAGAUUUCAAAGUAUCCUGUUUCGUAAGUGAUUCUGUUUGCAUUUUAAAAUACAACUGUACCUCCUAAAGGGAAAACAAGAAUUUGCUCUAAGAAGUCACUGCCUCCGCAGCCCCUUUGUGAGUAAGCACUUUAUGCUUCCCCAGAGGUGACUAAACUCUGAUCAUUGCCAAUGGGCAGGCACUCCCCAAAUGUCCAAGGACAACAAAGACACCCAGAGUGUCUUUCAUAGCUACCAAUGAUUAAAUAGCAAGUAUUGCAUUCCUAGGCAUUGCUAACUAGUGAAGUAUACCAGAUGGAAAUGUCUUCGAAGCUGUCCCUUUAAAACUCGAGCAAGCUACCAGGCAAACUCCGCCUCCAGGGAGGUUCCUUAUUAAAUAGGAGCCAACUGGCUGGGUCAGGGCUCAGUACCCCAAGCAAUACCUGCAACUGAGGAUUCUUCUCGGGGAGAUCGCAGCCCAUCGGCAUGGCUCAAGAGUUUGUGAACUGCAAAAUCCAGCCUGGGAAGGUGGUUGUGUUCAUCAAGCCCACCUGCCCGUACUGCAGGAGGGCCCAAGAGAUCCUCAGUCAAUUGCCCAUCAAACAAGGGCUUCUGGAAUUUGUCGAUAUCACAGCCACCAACCACACUAACGAGAUUCAAGAUUAUUUGCAACAGCUCACGGGAGCAAGAACGGUGCCUCGAGUCUUUAUCGGUAAAGAUUGUAUAGGCGGAUGCAGUGAUCUAGUCUCUUUGCAACAGAGUGGGGAACUGCUGACGCGGCUAAAGCAGAUUGGAGCUCUGCAGUAACCACAGAUCUCAUAGGAAAUGUUCAACAAUUCUGUGAAAGGUCACAGGACCCAAUUGGAGAAAUCAUAUGAAAAGCAUAGUUGGUCUUGGUGUCAUAUGGAUCAGAGGCACAAGUGCAGAGGCUGUGGUCACGCGGAACACUCUGUUAUUUAAGAUGGCUAUCCAGAUAAUCCUGAACACUGUGUAUUUAUUUGAUUUAGACUACCAGCGAAGAUUAAAGCAUGAAAUGUAAAACAUCUGAGAAAACUUACAGCCCCCUACACCAAGAGUGUAUCUGUGGAACAGCUCCUACACUUUGAAAACUUAAGAAUCCCUUAUCAUGAAGUUUGCCUGUUGUAGAAUUGUAAGAUUGUUAAUUUCCUUCAGUCUCUAGUGACAACACUUAAUUUCUUUUCUAAUAAAAAAAUACCUAUAGAUGA